AUGUUUUGCAAGCCCGCCCUCAUCGUUCGUGCAUAUCUUAAAAAUGGCAGCAGCAGAAAGUGAGAAAGUGGAAGGAACGAUGACCAGUCCGGCUGAAGAAAAACCCUCAAAGGAAUCAUUAAGUCAGAUGGUGGACAGUGAAAGUAAAGAUGACGUAGAUCUCGAUGAGUUAUUGGACAGUGCCUUGGGUGAUUUUGACAAGCCUUUGCAACCAGCAUCCUUAGAAGAACCAGAUGUUGGUAAAUCAAGUCCAGGGCUUAAUAUUCUAACUACAUCCAAAGAACAGGACGUUGAAAAGAAGACGGAAAGUGAUGGAGCAAAGAAGGAAGAGAAACAGACAAAAGAGGGACCCCAACUUCCACCAAGCCAAGAUGCGCUCUUUGAAGCGCUCUUCAACGACAGUCCAGCAGGUCAGCAAUCUGCUGCAGAGUUUGAGAACGUCCUCUCGGGGCUGAUGGCGGAGCUUGGUCAGGGAUUCGGAGGCGAUCCUCAGAUGGCUUCGGAGAUGCAGAAGAUGUUUGAGACGAUGGCUGCAGGAGCUGGUGCCAUGCCUAACCCUGCAGGGGCUCCAUCAGGGACUCCUGCACCCGCUGCUGGUAACACAAGUGAAUCCAACACAACUCAAAACCCAGAAGAUGUGACAUCAACUCUUGCAGAUACUCUCAACAGAUUAGCACAGAAUGCAAAGGACCUACAGGAUGGUCAAGUACCUGAUGAAGAAUUAUUACGAUCGUUUGGAGGUAUGAACCUAGAAGGAGGCAAUGCUGAACUUCUACCAAUGGUUCAGACUAUGAUGCAGAGUCUUCUCUCUAAAGAUAUUCUCUAUCCAUCAUUAAAAGAGGUAGUAGAUAAGUACCAAGGAUGGUUAGAUGAAAAGGAACCGACGCUGAAUAGUGAAGAUCACCAGAGAUACAGUGAGCAACACAGAUUAAUGUCACAGCUUUGUGUGGAGUACGAAGCAGAACAAGACUCGGACAGCAGUUCAGUCAAACAGGAGAGGAUGGCCAGGAUAAUGGACCUUAUUCAAAAGAUGGAAAGCCUAGGACAGCCACCUGCCGAGAUUGUUGGAGAUAUGAACGUUGGUAUGCCCUUUGAUGAGAAUGGUUUACCCCGGAUACCAGGAUUGCCCCAGGGGGAUCAGUGCAGUAUUAUGUAAUCAAUCAUCCAAUUGAACACUUGAAAAUUGACUGGAUAAUAGUGAUGCAGUUCCUUUUAAUGAUGAUUUUAGCAUCUGAGGAUGGUCAACAAUCAUUUGAACACUUGAAAUCGACUGAAGAAUAUUGAUACAGCUCUGUUCCAUGAUGAUUAUGGCGUCUAAGGAUGGGGACCAGUAAUUUGAACUGUGAUUUGUGAACCAUUCUUUAUCAAGCAUAGCAUCAUUCAUGGGUACCCAGAAUGCCACAGCUUAUCAAUAUACACAGGGGCAGUGGGCUAAACUAAAAGUUGACCCCCAAUUUUCCACUGCCCCUAAUGCAGUCAAGUCUGCACAAUUAACCAUCCUGUAGUCAAAUAGUGUUGGAAGUCAAAGCAAUUAUUCAGAACCGACUCAGAGGAGCGUUUCUUCAACUUCUUUCUUGGUUUUGAUUGGAUGAGAAGCACCGUUACUAUGGUAACUGUCGGCAUAAACAGACUUUGUUGGAUAACAAGUCCUUUCAUUAUGUCUCGCAAAGAGUUAAAUGUGACUUUAUGUCAUGGUUGAGUGCCAAUGCGUACAUAUAACACUCAAUCUCAUUGAUAAAUACAUGGUUUAUAGCGCACAUACUCUGAGCAUCAUUUGACCAAUGCCGUGAGGGCUUAUAUAUCACAUGCAACGGAGAGUCGAAUCGAUGUUAAGUUACACUUAAAUCUUUCUGAAACACCAGCCUGAUUAAGUAAUAGAUAAAUUGUUCACCUCUUCUAAGCAGGGAUGCAGUCCACGCCGGUCUCAAGGCCACUUUUUGCCGGCCUCUUCCCGAGUCACAUGUUCUGAUUGUAUUGAAGGAUUUUUUCCAGCGUGACUCUGAAGUUCCGGCCUCGACUACAUCCCGGUUCCUCAGUCAAAUUUUCCUCCAAGUUAGACUUAUUUCUGUACGGUGCCAAAUGGUUUGACUUGACUGGAGUUAGCUGUAAAUGCAAGUAAUAA